UAAAUUGCGGGGCGGCGCGUGCGGCCUCGGUGUGGGUUCUGCGGCCGCCUCUCCCUUCUCUCGUGCCCAGCAUCUCUCCUCCCAUCGUACUGACAGCCGGGGACCGCCGCGGGGCGGGGGAUGCCGGGCUGCCGCAUCAGCGCCUGUGGCCCAGGGGCCCAGGAAGGGACGGCAGAACCGGGGUCCCCCCCGCCGCCACCCCGGGAGCCCCUGCCGUCCCUCCAGCCCCCGCCUCCAUCGCCGACCUCGACCCCGACACCCACUCAGUCACCGCCCUUGCCCGAGGCGGCGGAGACACCCCCAGAGGGGCAGGAGCUGCAGCGCUGGCGCCAGGGUGCUAGUGGGGGUCCUGGGGGCGCGGGCCCGGCGGGAGGUUCGGGCGGGGGUGCGGGUGCGGCGGCAGGGGCGGGGGGCCGCGCGCUGGAGCUGGCCGAAGCGCGGCGGCGACUGCUGGAAGUGGAGGGCCGCCGGCGCCUGGUGUCGGAGCUGGAGAGCCGGGUGCUGCAGCUGCACCGUGUCUUCUUGGCUGCCGAGCUGCGCCUGGCGCACCGCGCGGAGAGCCUGAGUCGCCUGAGCGGCGGCGUGGCCCAGGCCGAGCUCUACCUGGCGGCGCACGGGUCGCGUCUCAAGAAGGGUGCGCGCCGCGGCCGCCGGGGUCGUCCUCCCGCGCUGCUGGCCUCUGCGCUGGGCCUGGGGAGCUGCGUACCCUGGGGUGCCGGGCGGCUGCGGCGUGGCCACUGCCCCGAGCCCGACUCGCCCUUCCGCCGCAGCCCGCCCCGCGGCCCCGCCUCCCCGCAGCGCUGACCUCAGAACCCGCGACCCCUGGGCUCCGGAGACAGGCGGAAGGACAGAUGGACGGACGGGUCCGAGUGCUGGCUAGAUGGACGGCGUCAUCUCUGCGGAGGAGACAGGCGGGGGUCCGGGGGCCCGGGGGCCCUGAAAAUGAAACUAAGCUCCUUGGAGCCUCCACUUUAUGGGUCUGGACUUCUGCAUUCCACUCCUCUGGAUACCGCCCUCAGGAAGACUUCCAGGAUUGACUGUACCCAGUCUCAGCACCCUCCUCCCAGGAGCCCUUCCAGUGGCAAGGGACUGGGGCCUGGGAACUUGCUAUACUCUGAAUUGUUGCUUUCCAUACACUGCGUUUAACUUUGCUUAUGCAGGGACCUGAGAUGCUGUCAAUUAGCAGAGUGCAGCAAACAUGGCCAGUGUGUCCACGAGAAGGAUUUCCUUUAAAGAUAGACUCCUCAUUCUUAAACUGCAGGUCACAGUGUAGCUGGAGCCCCCGUCACUGCAGGUCACAGUGUAACUGGAGUCCCUAUUGUCACUUCUAUGUCCAGUAGCUCCAGGAGGCCUAUUUGAGGCAAAUCACUGGUGUAGAAAACGCCCAUUUUCCUUCAGCCACUGUCCUUGUCCUCCCCAUGUGAGUGAGGACAUCCCUGUGGCUCCUUGCAGACAGACAAUCAGCUGCUGCCUCCUACGGGGGACACCUCUUUCUUAGGAUGAGGUGGUGGCAACAUCAAACUUCCGAGCAAAGUUCAAUGCACAGGGGAAAUCCAUUUCUUUACGACAAGGGAAGGAGGCACAUGUACUCACACACCGCCCGGAACUUAGAGGCUUCUGUAUAUCGACUGGGUCCCCAACUAUAUACACACGGGAAGAAUAAAACUCAGUAAUGCAAGGCUGAA